AUGACUGAUCUCGAACAGAAAAAACGGAACUUCUCGAUUGAGUCCAUAUUGCAAAGAGGCGCCAGCUGUAGCUCUCAAGGAAGCAGAUCGCCACCCGCUGGAGAGGCGUCCUAUUCUCGGUAUCUCCUGCCUGCGAUACCACUCUUGAGGGAAUCUGGUGACCAUUUUGAUUGGAUAAGCUGCACGCGAUAUAAUCCACCUCGACUGCAACGUAAGUUCGAAGGGCAGAAAAAAAGGAAAUAUUUAUCCAGAUCUCCAAGGAUCCCAUUCAACUCGGAGCAAUUGGCUGUGCUUGAAGGGAGAUUCAAAGAAUCGCCCUAUCUAAGCGGCUCGGAGGUUCAAAAACUCGCCCGUGACUUGCAUAUGAGCGAUGUUCGGGUCAAAAUAUGGUUUCAAAACCGGCGAGCUCGAGAAAAACGCGAGAAACAAGCGAAAAGUCAAACGGACAUUCAAGGAUGCUCUCAAACCCAAUCGGAAACUCAGAUUGCGACAUCGAAAGACCUCAUUUUCGUGGAUGGUAACUCCGAUGAUCCGCCGGCAUUGCGGAAAGGUGACGUAUGA